ACUCGCAAGACGUUUGGGUGGUGUCCUAGACGUGCUGCAAUGGACCAUGGUAAGAAACACAGAAAUAAGGAGAAGGAGGGGAACCAGAAUGACGAGGGACAAGUUGAAGUGGCGAUAAAAAUAGACGCUUCAGCACCUGAAACGGAUAUUCCUGUAAAGAAAUCGGUCAAGAGCAGUAAGCAGAAGAAAAACGAAGACUACAGGAAAAUAAAAGAAAGGGAACAAAUGGUUGAGGAUUACAAGAUAAAAAUUGAGAAAGAUCGGGAAAGUAAAGCACAGCAGAAAGACGAGAAACCUAAGAAGUUAGAUGGAGAACAGGCAACUCCUAAUUAUGAUGACGAAUCAGCGGAUGUUGCAUCAGGUGCAAUACCAAAACGACGGAAAUUGAUAGACAGAUCCAGAAGACCCAAGGAUAAGGAUGGUAAAAUUGAACAGGAGGAGGAUUCCAGUCUUUUAAAGGAAAGAAGGUUAUUGGUGCAGACCAAGGAGGGAGACGUCGAUCAUCGCAAAUAUGUCACUAAAAGCAUUCCUCAAGAGCCAAACAAGGAGGGUUGUAAAAAAUACGGCAGUCAAUCGAAUGCUAAAGAGACUUUUGACCGGGACUGGCAUUUUCCGUCCUUAUCUGUCAAAAGCAAAAAUCAGACGAAGCCGAAAAUAUCUGCGAGACAGUGCGAUAACGUUUCCCGUCUAAGGACGUCUAAGAGCGAAAGGCUGGAAAAGAAAGAUUACCUUGAAAAAUUUCCUAGGCCUCAGGAACUCACUUUGGGAUCGUUCAUCAGUCCCGAAUUAAUAGCCACUAAGCCAAGGCCUCCUCCAGUGGGUGUUCAUCAAGGGAAGAUUCAGUUGUGUAAAUGGUGGAAGUCUCGUCGAAUAUGCAGGAAUGGAAUAUCUUGUCCUUAUGCUCAUGGCAACGAGGAACUUAAAUCAUGGAAGGAAUCUAAGAAUGAGGACAAGCAAAAUGACUGCGAGGAAGGACUUGAUAGUGAAAGGGGAAAAAGGAAUAAAGUCCUGACAAGAAGCGAGAUGGCUUACAGUCUCCCCGGUGUCACAGUCUCAUGUGAUAAACCCUGUGUGGUUAAGAUAAACCCAAGUGAUGACGAUGACGUCAACUACACAUUUGAUUGGGUCUUCAACGUAACAUUCAAGAUUGGUGAGGUUGGGAGGCUGCGCCAAAUUGACCUUCUUCAUCAGUACCACGAGUGUUAUCGACUUGCUGACGUUAAAGGCUUUCUUGAAGAUAAGGAAAUAUUUCAUUCAACGCCUAAAGAGCGUUGGUCUUUCACGCUUCCCAGUUAUCCAGAGAAGAAAGAGGGCCAAAUGAAAGUUGUUGUCACCGUUUCAUUUGAUACCACAACGUCCGAUCAAACGUUUCCACAAUGCCUUAAGUUUGACUUUGGAAAAAAGCCGCACUUAUUGCAAGGAUUAAACGUAGACAUAGCAAGAGAGGAUGACUUAAAGAAAAUCUCAGAGCACAGAAAAAAGCUCAAAUUGAGUCCAACCAUAUGGAAGGAGGGAUCAGUGGACGUAAUCAGACCAACAGAGAACGCCGGAACAGAUGAAGAGUUGCUGAAACGUUACCAGCUGCCUGAAAGGAUUGAGAAUAUUGUUACUGUGCAAAUAACUAACGGAGACCUAACACAAGAAAACUACCGGAGAGUGAUGCACCAACUAUUAUUUACCGAAGAGCUUUUUAUGAAAAUGGCAGUUUCAAGUUUUUCCUUUCAGGGAGUCCCAUUGAAAGUGAAGACAAGUAUCGCGAGAGGUGGUAUUAUUUUUGCAAGGGAUGGCGAAUGUUUUGGUGAGAUGAUAUUUCAAGAAAAUGAAUCCCUCCAACCAGACAAUGCAGCAAGUCGACUCGUCUUUAGAAAUGUACGGUCCGUAUGGCUUAAGGAAACUGGCAGUACUUCAAAUAAAGUGUACGAGGCACCUGUAGAAAGUGUCGACAGAGUUUGCAUCAUUCUAAAGCUUUGCUCUCAAUUGUGGUCAGACUUGAAUUUACCUGGUACUGGUGAAAUUUUCGUUGAUGUACAGUUUCAGUUGAAUCGACAACCUCUCUGCGAAAUGCAUGCGGCAAUCGAUAAAAUGGAGCCUGGACGUGCUCAUUCCAAUUUGCUCUUUCCAGGAAAGAAUUUGCCGCAAGUACAAGUCAGCGAAAAGUCAUUUGAGACAAAUCCCCCAUGGAAGUGUCCACAGUUGAACCCUAUGCCCAAUAACAACCAAGAGAAGGUGAUAAGAAGCAUUUUAUCCCCUGGAGAAUUAUCCCAUCCUCUUGUAGUCUUUGGUCCUUUUGGUACUGGUAAAACAUUCACCUUAAACUACGCAAUUCGUCAAUUGGUGAAAGACGAACGCAAUCACGUCCUUUUGUGUACUCACACAAACAGCGCGGCUGACAUACACGUUAAGCUGUUUGACGUUUACUUGACUGAGUUGAAGCGACUGUCGACAGUUGAAGCGAGGCAGCUGAAGCUCCUCAGGAUUUAUCACCCAAGGAGAAGACUGGAUACUGAUUCUGACAUUGCUAAGAAAUACAGCAUCAUCAGAAAUGAUGCUUACGUGCUUCCCACAAGAGACCAUGUGACAAAACACAAUGUUGUGAUCUCCACGUUGGCAGCGUCUAAGCACCUCACUGAGUUACGAUUAAAAUCCGGAUUCUUCACGCAUAUUUUAGUGGACGAGGCUGCCCAAGCCCUCGAACCUGAGGCAUUAAUACCACUGGCGUUAGCUGGACCAAAUACAAAGGUUGUCUUCACUGGUGACCAUAUGCAGAUGAGCCCAGAAGUAUAUUCCGAUUAUGCUGGACACUGGGGUCUGCAGAGGUCUCUGCCUGAAAGAUUGUUUGACCUUUACUUUGAGGAAACGCAAUCACCUUGUAACGUAAUAUUUCUGACAGAGAAUUACCGGUGCCAUCCUGAAAUUCUACAAUUUUCCUCUGAGAAUUUCUACGGAGGAGGCCUGAUAUCCAGCAGUGAACAACUACCUCACCCAAAGUUUGGACCAAUUUUAUUUUUUGGUACCUACGGUAUUGAAGAAGCACGAGAAAAUUCAUUCAUCAACGUGGCAGAAGUUCAGGAGGUUGUUACGAGGGUCAAGGAAAUAAGCAGUGACUGGCCUGUGAAAUGGGGAGAGAAAGAUCUUUCUCAAAUUGGUGUGGUAUCCGCAUACAGUAUUCAGGUACGAGCCAUUCGAGACUCGCUCAGGAGAGAAAGUACUGAGCUCCGAGAUGUAACAGUGGAGAAAAUUCAGAAUGUACAAGGAAAAGAGUUCCGUGCCCUAUUCAUCAGCACCGUCCGCACUUCUAUCACAUGUCAAACAUUUCAAAGAACUGAGGAACAAAGUCAGCAACUCUACUGGGAAUUUUUGUCUGAUCCUAAACUCCUAAACACUGCGAUAACCAGAGCGAAGUCAUUGCUAGCUGUCGUGGGAAAUGCUAUUUCGUUGUGUACUGCUGGUGCUUGUAAAGGCAUUUGGUGGGAUUACAUUAAGAGAUGUGAGCAGCAAGAAAGUUUGUUUGGAGCAUCAUUCGAAGAGAUAAAGGCGAAAGUGAUUUCCCCUCUCUUAACAAGUGGUUUAAAUCCUGAAGCUCCUGUCUUCGUUCCAAGCUUUGAAGAAGUGGAGAACAAAACGUCGCAACUACUAACGUGUGUUGGCGUGGAAGAUGGAACUCGAGAAGUGUUAGGGACUAAAGAAAAGAGCACCGGAGAAAAAACAGUGAAGGAUUGCUCCUAUGAUCCAGUGAUGGAGAACGGAUCAGAAAAGGAAAUAGAUGGCAUGAAAAAUAGUUUGAAUUCAGAGGAAGUCUGGCCAGAAGAAGGAGAAAAGAAAGAAGAGAGAAUUCUAUCUAUCCAUCCGCGUGAUGGCUUCCAUGAGAACCAAGACGUAUGUCCGUUGCAUCGCGAUAACCAGGGUGCGAAUGAGUCAGGGGAGGGAGAAGAGGCCAUCGAUCAAGGUAACUCGGAACUAUUAGAAGACUUUUGUAGGGAACGUUUUGAAAAUGAAGAAAAGUAUCUAAUUUACUUUGACAAGAUUAUCAAGGAGUUCUUGCAGUGGAGCGAAGUAACCAAAGCAAGAAAAUGUCAGAGACUUUCACAAGGUGGAGAAUAUCCCUCACUCCAGGAAGCUUUAUUAGUAAGCCGAAGUGAAUCCGGAGUCAAAGAACCUUCAAAUAGAAGUCGGAAAGGGAAAUCAGAUCACCCUCAACCUAUUUUUAGUGAUUACGAGGUCAAAUAUGUCAACGGCCAUCCGAAAGUAUACCUUAUAGAUGUUGGAUUUCAACCAACGCAGUCUGAUCGACGUAAAAAACUAACACAAUCUGACGCGCAGAAUAAACUUCCUAACUUAGAGCAUCUGCGGAAAUUGAUACAGGAAAAGGCUUCCAGAUAUCAUAGUGCCACACUUCAACUCGAUUCCAAGGCAGGUAACCUUUCCUUUGCCGUUGUGUCAGACUUGAUUACCCCAGACAUCAAAAUCAGUGGACGGGUCAAAGGAGCUUUCAACAUGGAUCAAGUUGUCGUUGAAGUGCUUGAUAAGCAGCCAAGUGAUGGUUAUUCCAGAACCAGAGGAAGGUUUGUAGGUGUGAUGCACCCCAUCAUCGGCCAUAAUGAACGGCAGUUUGUGUGUAGGAUCGAUCCUCAGAAUAAUGACGUAAUGAUACCAAUCAAUAAGUCUGUGCCGAAAAUUCUGGUACCAAGUUCUGCAAGAGUUGAAAAAAGAUCCAUCACUGCAAAAAGGCAAGGUAAACAGAGAACUGGUGAAGAUGGGGUAGAACGUGAAGAUUUAUUUGGAGAAGAGUGCCUGUUUCUUGUUCAAUUUGUCAAAUGGGGAGAGGGCCGUAAUUAUCCAUUGGGCACGAUAAUCCGAAGACUACCACAGCAGCAUACCCUGCAGAAUAGCGUGGAAAUUCAGUUUGCCGAGCAUUGCAUUAGAAAGUUGUUCAAUAAAAAGUGUGUCGAACAAGUGAGAAGUCUGUUUCCGCCAACUUGGUCAAUUCCAGUUGAUGAAGAGCGAAGACGUUUGGAAAUUGAUGGAGCGUUUACGAUUGAUCCUGAGAAUUCCAAAGAUCUAGAUGAUGCACUUUCCAUAGAAAAGCUUCAAGACUCAGGAUUAUGUCGUGUAGGAAUUCACAUCGCUGACGUAAGUUUCUUUGUGCAGCCUGACACCCCUUUAGAUAAAGAAGCUUUAUUUCGUUGCUCCUCCUACUACCCUGGACAUGGCUUUGAAAUCGUUCCGAUGCUACCACGCGAGCUGAGUGAAAACCAUUGUAGCCUUCUUUAUGACAAACGCCGUUUGUGUUUGUCGAUUUUCCUUAACAUGUCAGAUGAUGGAAUAUACAUGGAACAGCCUGACAUACAAGAAACAAUUGUCAGGUCCACUUGUCAGCUCACUUACUCUGAAGCCCAACAAGUUAUUAAUGGUCAAGAUUGCUCAUUUAAUAAAGUGCCAAAGGAUACUAAGGAUAAGAUUCGCCAGCUUAGUGACCUUGCACAAAAAAUGAGGAAGAGGAGACUUCGAGAAGCUGCCUCUGAUCAUUGGUCAAGUAGAGAUGAGCCAGAAGAUUAUGAAGCACACGAGCUUGUGGAGGAAAUGAUGAUUGCUGCCAAUAAGGAGAUAGCCAAAUUCCUCUAUUCACGAGUUGGAAUGAUCACACCCUUACGGACCCAGCUUCCACCCAAAGAGCACAGAUUAAGAGACUGGCUCAAACAAUUCGGGAAAUUCAUACAGUUCUCUUUGUUCCCACACGCUGUUUAUUCCGCUGAAAAACUGCAGGAGAUGAAAAAACUUGUCGGCAUUUCGGAAUUUCCAAAAUUUAAAGUGCAAAAGUCUGUCUGGUUUGAGCUCUGUAGCGCUGCAGAAUCUCUAGACAAAGUCAAGCUUCGUCAGCUGAUUUUUAAUGAGAAGAAUCACUCUCAGUUGGCCAUCGCAAGAAGGCAAUUUGAGCGUAUUAAACAGAAGGCUCAGUACGUGUGCGAGGGGGAUCUAGAUGAGGCGGAGGGGAAACUUGGCCACUUCUCUCAGAGAACGGACCGCUAUACACACUUCACGUCACCUAUUCGACGAUACAUCGACAUAGUGGUACACAGACUUAUCUUGAAUGCGAUUUCUGAAGGCCGUCACACAGGGGCGCCCCCUAUGGAUCGAAUUGCUGAGAUGUGUCGUCGUUCCACGUUUGCUGGUGCGAAUUCCAAACACUUCAGAAAGACGUGUAACGAAGUCCACUUGGCAGCAAAGCUCAGGGAAAAAAGCCACGAGACAACAGCAGCCGUUUCGAUGAUAGAAGAUGGGAAAAUAAGGCUGGAAAUUACAAAUCGAGAAUACGACCAAGUCGCUAAAAGACAGAGGGAAAUUAAACUAAGCAGUUUAAAACCAUUUGAUGCUAAGCAUGGUGGCUCCGAGGAAAUUGUGCUUCUUUGGAAGCUGAGACUGUAUAUCGCUCCGAAGGAAAACAUCGUGGAGAAACUUGAUCGUGAAAGAGAAAAGGUGUCCAUCAUUUUAUCUAAGGAAUUACCUGAACGUGAAGUCUUUGAUUUUCCAGGAGAAAGUUGGCAACAACUUUUGAAAGCACUUCAAGAGGAAAACUAUAGGCGAGUUUCCUCGCUAAUUAAACGGAUGGAUGGUGAUCAGCGAAAGCAUUCUCCAUGCCUUACCAGUCUCCGAAAUCAGAAUAACCUUCACAAUUGCGGAAAGCUUGGAUCAAACAUAGAGAAUACCCACGAGAAACAGAUUUCUCUCAAGAUUUUUGAUACAGUUAAAAUUCAACUGACUGCACACAUGACACACGGGGUUUUCCACCCAGAAAUUCAGCUCUUCAAGAUUACUCCAAGCGUUCAUAUUUGUGUCGAGCACCGCAAAUAUCCAAGAGAAUGUUUCACUACCACACCAAGUUAUCACGCCACCGGCAAGUACUCGACUUUAGAAGAUUACAUAGCGGCCUGGGAACCUGUUCUUGAUUUGGAAGCUGCGACAGUUGCUGUGGACGAGGAUGAUGAGUUAACCAUACUCGAUUUGGACAUCAGGUGGAGGAUGGAUAGCAGUGGAAAUCAAGAAGGAUUUUUCAGCCUUCAAAACGAGUAUUGCACAACUCGCCAAAUCAAAUUUUACGAAGGGGACUUUGUUUGUGUUCGGGUACAGGCGGAGAUGUACAUGGGGAAAUCAAACUUAGUAACAGGCGAAAGGAACAAAUCAGAGAUGGAUUCAGAUUUGGAAAAUGAGGGGCAACUUACCAUGACGCAGUUAAAAGGCACCCCAUCCUUUGAGAGCUUCAGGUCUCCAUCAUCAAGUUUAUGGGUGGGGCACUGCAUUGUUAGAGAAGUUAAGUUGACUCAAGAUAAGGAAAUGGUGUCAGUGAGGAUAAAUCUCCGUCAGUCAGCAUCGGAAUUUCCCAAAGAACUUGUGAAUGGAGGCAGUCUGAGUACGUUAACUGUCAUUCAUCGACCUCCAAUCCACAGACGAAUGUCUGCAGUCCUGCGUUGGACUCUGAAAAAUGCUCCUGAACUGGUCGAGGCGGUAUGCCUAGGGCACGAGCUUAGUCAAGGGGACUUCGAAUUACCUCCUUUCUCUGACUUCUCAAUUUUGGGAAAGGAUCCCAAAUUUUCAUUAGAGGGCUUAAAUACGUAUCAGAACAAAGCUGUGAAAAAAGCACUGGUGAAACCAUUUUACCUCAUACAGGGCCCUCCAGGUACCGGCAAGACAGUGACUGGCGUUCACAUAGCCUACUGGUUUGCACAUCGAAACAGGAAAACUUUUUCACAAUCAGAUCAGAACCCGACUGAAUCAGAUAAUGUAGACAAGUUGAUACCAUUAUCACAAGUCAUUUACUGCGGUCCCUCUAAUAAGUCAGUUGAUGUGGUAGCAAGAAUUAUGCUCCAACAUACUGGACUCAACAUCAUUCGAGUCUAUAGCGAUCUAAAGGAGCAGGCCGAGUUUCCACUUCCUAACAGACAUAAACCUCUGAGAAGUUCCAGUGUCGAUAAUGAAACUCAAGAAUCGGAUGAAGGACUGAGAGAAGUGUCCCUACACCACUUCAUUCGUGGAGAUAAGUCUCGGUUCGCUCGUGAUCUUCGGGAAUAUGAGAGAAAAUUUGAACAAGAUAGGAAGAAAGGUUUAAGGACCAAAGAUGAGGACGUCGACAGGUACCGUGAACUUAUUGAAGAGGCUGAGCAAUGGGCAUUUCAGCGAACGGGUGUGCAGAUCAUCUUAUGCACAUGCGCAGUUGCGGCCAAGUCUAGUGUAAUCAGAUCAUGCAAAGACAAUAUCAAGCAGUGUAUUGUGGAUGAAUGUGGCAUGUGCAUGGAAAUUGAAUCGCUCUUACCAAUCGCGUUCUUGGCGCCGCAGCAAGUGGUAUUAAUUGGCGAUCACAAACAGUUACAGCCCGUCAUUCGUGACAAAAAGGCACAGAAUCUGGGCCUCAACGUUUCAAUGUUUGAAAGGCUCUCUGGAAAAGCCAAGAUGCUCCGGAUUCAAUACAGAAUGCACGAAGAAAUUUGCAAAUUUCCCUCCGAGCACUUCUAUAACAAUCAGCUGGAAACGGAUGCAUCUGUAAAGAAACAGGGUACCCAUUUACAAUCCUUUUGGCCCGUUAAAGACGUUCCUAUGGCAUUUUGUCAUGUUGUGGGGCAAGAAGACGUUACCUUCAUUAAGACAGCACUUAGCAAUGAGCAAUCUAAAGCGAAUGAUAAAGAAGUCAGAAAAGCGGUGCAUGUGGCAAAUUGCCUUGUGAAUAAUUACAGGGUGUCCUCGUCAAAAAUCGUUAUCCUGUCACCUUACAGAGAACAGCAGGAGAGAAUAAGAAAAGCGUUGGCCAAAACAUCACAGUGCAAAGACAUCUGCGUUACAACUAUUGCAAAGAGCCAAGGAAGAGAAUGGAAUUACGUCAUCUUAUCUCUGGUGCGUUCACUGAAUGAGGAUGAACACCACCCAGAGCGAUCAUUAUAUUGGAUCCGUGAACAUUUGGGGUUUUUAGCAGACGAGCACCUGAUGAAUGUAGGGCUAACUAGAGCUCGUAAAGGGCUUUGUAUCAUCGGUAACAAAGAAUUACUGCUAUACCAUUCCAUGUGGAAGAAAUUGAUAGAAUCCUUCGAAAAAAGACACUGUGUGGUCAAUGAGUCUGACUGGCCGAGGAACUAAAUAUAUUACCCGACGCGGAACAUGCAAAGACUGUCAAAGAAACUUUAAAAUAGGCUCAAAAGCAAUGAUUUUUAGUCUAGAUACUAUAACAUAUGUGAAAAAGAAACAGCGUCUCUUCCGAAAUCUAGACAGCCUCAACCAAAAGAAUAUCUUACCUGAACUUAAUGCUUAACAAAAAAAAAAAAAAUCAGGGGACCAGGAAUAUAUGGAUUCCACUCGAUGGGAUAAAGUCCGUUUAAAAUAAGGUUUGCCAGCCCGGCCUCGCUAAAAGAUAGGUCGAAGAAGGACUUAGUAACGUAGUUUACACGACCCAAAGCUCCCGAUAAGGACACACAAAUUGUUUGCUUGGCUACAUAAAUAAUGGCUGUGUGUAGAAGCUGUAUGUUGUAGAAGAGAGUGUUUUGUAGAAAGUCAUCCCGAGCGUCUGUUUAUGAUCUUAUUUUGGAAACCAUCUGUGGUUUUACUAAUAGAAAUAUUUUUUAAUACAUAUCUAUAUCUCUUCGAUUGAAAGAGAAUCUCUCCGAUCUACCAGCUUCAAUCCCUUAAGAAAUUUAAGAUGUAACUCAUAUUAUUCGUGAAUUCUAGGGGAUGCAAUUACGAUAUCAUCAAACGAAGUAGUUAGAAUUAUGAUGCGGUUAUGUUUUUACUAAUUUGUAUUUCCUAAUCCAGUAAAACAUUUAUUAUUGAACAACCAUUUAUUAUUCAAAUAAGCUUAAGAUACUAAUUAAGAAGGUGUCAGAAUUUCAAAAGCAAAUAAGACCAGUUUGCUGAGUUCAUGGUAAUAAUCUUAUAAUCGCGAAAAUAAAAAUCAAGUGCGCGGAAAUUGA